AUGAGCGAAACUCUUGGGGUAUUGAAUCUACGAAGUAACAACUUCAAUGCCGCAAUCCCUGAUGCAUUUCCAGCUUACUGUAGCUUAAAGACAAUUGAUCUCAAUGGAAAUUUCAUAACAGGCAAGGUUCCAACAUCUUUGGCCAGCUGCAGCUCAUUAGAGAUUUUAGACCUCGGGUCCAAUAAGAUGAUCGAUAAUUUUCCCUGCUUCUUGAUGAACAUGCCCACUUUGCGAGUCAUUGUUCUUCGAUCCAACAAAUUCUAUGGAAGCACUGUAUGUCCCAACAUCAAUGAAACUUCAACAGUACUUCAAAUUAUUGAUAUGGCACACAACAACUUCAGUGGUGAGCUACCAAUACAAUGGUUAACAAAGUCACAGGCAAUGAUGGCCACUAACAAGAGUGAUCAUAAUAUAAAGCUCAAACAUCUAAAGUUUGAGUUUCUUCAAUUCAGUCCAUCAGUAUAUUAUCAAGAUGCCGUUAUAGUGACAUCUAAAGGUUUAGAAUUGGAGCUGGUUAAGAUCCUAACCAUUUACACCAGCAUUGACAUUUCAAGCAACAAUUUUCAAGACUCAAUACCAGAGGAAUUGGGAAAACUCCAAGGACUUCGUCUCCUCAACCUGUCAAAUAAUGCACUCACAGGAAAAAUCCCUUCCUCGAUUGGGAACAUGCGAAAACUCGAAUCCUUAGAUCUAUCAAACAACAAGCUGAGCGGAACAAUCCCAACCUCAUUACAGCAACUCAAUUUCCUAUCUUCUUUCAAUCUGUCAUUUAAUAAAGUAGUUGGCAGAGUCCCAGGCGGUAAUCAACUUCAAACAUUCUCAGCGGAUUCGUACAUGGGUAUUGAAGGACUAUGUGGGUUCCCAUUGGAGAAAAGCUGUCCGGAUCAGGUGGAGUCACCAAAAGAGAGAAAUUCAAGAACUGGGUCGGCAGAGAUAGAUUGGAAUGUGAUAUGUGGUUUGGUUGGGCUGGUGUUUGGGUUCGGAGUUGUCGUUUGGCCACUUGUGUUCUGCAAGAUAUGGAGGAAACGGUACUACGAGCGGGUUGAUGAGAUUGGUGUCAGGAUUUUCCCUCGUCUGUAUCAAACUAGUUUCGAUGAAGCAUAAGAGGAAGAAGGCGUCCAUAUGAUGCUGUAGCCUGUAGCACGUAACAAUAGCAUAAGAUGAAGAAGGCGUCCAUAGUAUGCAAAUGCAAGUUCGUAUGGUUAUAAAAUGAGAAGAAUAAUUUGAUGCAAAACUCCCUUAUCCUUUCCUUCUUGUACACUUAGUCCCAAUUUUUUUACACUGUUGAAACCUUCCGGUGGACCCAAUCCCCCGUUUCGUUAUAAAUUUACUAUUCACGCUAAUUUCUUCAGUUAUGAACCGAAACCCUUCGAUAUGGCCAUUUCAAACC